GGGGUCCCGCCCGCCAUGAGCGGGACGGUGCUGGCCGGGACCCCCAUCGCCGUGGACUUCUGGAGCCUGCGCAGGGCGGCCGGCGCCCGCCUCUUUUUCCUGUCCCACAUGCACGCGGACCACACGGUGGGGCUGUCCAGCACCUGGAGCCGCCCGCUGUACUGCUCCCCGAUCACCGCCCGCCUCCUGCACAGCCGCCUACGGGUGCCAACAUGCUGGAUCCGGCCGCUGGAGGUGGGGCAGAGCCACGUGCUGGACGAGGUGACAGUGACGCUGCUCGACUCCAACCACUGCCCCGGCUCUGUCAUGUUCCUCUUCGAGGGCACCUUUGGCACCAUCCUCUACACAGGUACAGGGCAGGGUCCCACCGUCACAGAAUCCCAGGAUGGAAGGGACCACAGUGGGUCAUCUGGUUGUCCCACACCACGUGGCGCAGAACUGUGACCAGACAGCUCUGAGAUAUCUCUACUG